UUGUGGCUCUGAACACGCAGUUUUGUCAUUGGUUUUCCUCUCUUCUGUUGUUUUUAUUUGAGGUAUUCUUGUUCUCUUCAUAAUUUUUUGUUUCGUCUUUGGUCGAACCUAUCUCCCCUUUUUAUUUUACUCAGUUAAAGUAUUAUAUUAUUAUCCCACCAUGACCAAGAUUUCUGCCGAAAAGCGCAACUUUUUGUUCUCUUCCGAGUCCGUCAACGAGGGUCACCCCGAUAAGAUUGCGGAUCAGAUUUCUGAUGCCGUUUUGGAUGCCUGCUUGAAGGCGGAUCCUUAUUCCAAGGUCGCCUGUGAGACUGCUACCAAGGAUAACAUGGUUAUGGUCUUUGGAGAGAUUACCACCUCUGGAAAAAUUGACUAUGACGCCAUUGUCCGUGCCCAAGUCCGUGAAAUUGGAUUUGAUUCCUUUGUUGAUGACUUGAGCUCCACCGUCUCCAAGGGACUCAACUACCAAGACUGCGAGGUCUUGGUCCGCAUCAACAAGCAAUCCCCCGAUAUUGCUGGAGGUGUCCACGUGGGUAAGAGUGAGUUGGAUGUCGGUGCCGGAGAUCAGGGUAUCAUGUUUGGUUAUGCCAGUGACGAAACUGCCAACUGCAUGCCUUUGACCCACAUGAUGGCCACUCAGCUUGGUAAGCGUCUGACCGAUGUCCGCAAGGAUGGAUCUCUCUGGUGGUUGCGUCCCGAUGGAAAGACCCAGGUCACCAUUGAGUACACACAGCACGAAGACGGAUCUGUCACACCCAUCAAGAUCCACACCAUUGUCAUUUCCACACAACACGCCGAGCCCAGCAAGGCCAAGCGUUCGGAAGAACAGAACGGAAAGGACCACCGUCCCGCUUACACUGGUGACGAACAGUUGGCUCCCACCAUGGAAGAGAUGAACGAACAGAUCCACGAACAUGUCAUCAAGGCCACUUUGGACAGCAUCAAGCUCAAGAGUGGAGAGUCUGCCACUUCCAUCUACGACCGUGCUACCUGCAACCUGCACAUUAAUCCCUCUGGAAAAUUCAUCAUUGGAGGACCUCAAGGUGAUGCCGGUUUGACCGGACGUAAGAUUAUCAUUGAUACCUACGGAGGAUGGGGUGCCCAUGGAGGAGGUGCUUUCUCUGGAAAGGAUCCCACCAAGGUUGAUCGAUCGGCUGCCUAUGCCAGUCGUUGGAUGGCCAAGUCAGUUGUCAAGGCUGGCCUGUGCAAGCGUGCCUGUGUCCAGCUCUCGUAUGCCAUUGGUGUGGCCAAGCCCCUCUCCUUGUUGGUCGAGACUUACGGAACCGAAAAGGAAGGACUCACCGCCAAGUUGAUUACCGACAUUGUCAAGAUCAACUUUGAUUGCCGUCCUGGUGCCUUGGCUCGUGAUUUGCAGCUCCGAGAACCCAAGUACAACAAGACCGCCGCCUACUGCCAUUUCGGACGAGAACCCUUUGUCGAGAACGGCAUGAAGUACUUUGCUUGGGAGGAACCCGUUGACCUCACCAAGUAUGCUUCCAUGUCUGAGGCCGACGUCACUGCCGAGGUUGCCGCCAAGAAGGAAGAAAUCCUUUCCAAGUGGGUCGAUUAAGCAAUGAAAGAAACCAGUGCAACGACUUUUCGAGACAAAAAUGAUGCAUGCGAAGAGUGGUUUGUGGGUAUUCUAGCGAACCACUCCUACAAAUAAAAAUAAUUAAAUGACAUUUUAUUUGAGC